AUGGUUGGGCGACUCUCUGGAAAGAACGCCAUCAUUACAGGCGCAGCUGGCGGCGUCGGCCUCGAGUCCACCAUUCUGUUCCUGCAGGAGGGCGCCUCCGUCCUCAUGACAGACGUCAACGCCGCAGCCCUUGAAAAGGCCCUGGCCAAGGUCAAGAGCGUCGUCACGACCAUCCAGGGCAAAGUCGACACAAAAGUCGUCGACGUCUCCAAGGAGGACCAAGUCGAGGCUGCUGUUGCCGUCGUCGAUGGAUGGGGCGGCGUUGAUGUCAUGUUCAACAACGCCGGCAUCAUGCACCCCAAGGAUGGCGAUUCAGAAGAGUGUCCUGACGACAUCUGGGACUUGACCAUGAACAUCAACGUCAAGGGCGUGUGGUACGGCUCCAAGCAUGCUGUUCGUUCGCUCAGGAAACACGGCAAGACCAAGGGAAGCAUCAUUAACACAGCUUCCAUGGUCGCCAUUGUCGGUUCAGCCACGCCUCAAGUUGCGUAUACGGCAAGCAAGGGCGCCGUCUUGGCUUAUACGCGUGAGAUGGCUAUUGUUCACGCGCGAGAAGGAUUUCGCUUCAAUUCUCUUUGUCCUGCCCCCUUGAACACUCCCAUGCUCCAAGAGUUCCUCGGAGACGACAAGCCCAAGCGCUUCCGUCGCGAAGUCCACUUCCCCACUGGUCGUUUCGGCGAGGCCAUUGAACAGGCACAGGCCGCCGUCUUCCUAGCAAGCGAUGAGAGCAGCUUCGUCAAUGCCCAUGACUUUGUCGUAGACGGUGGCUUAACAAAGGCGUACGUGACGCCCGAGGGCCCAGCGACCGCAGCACCUCAAAACCAGGGAAAAUAA